AAAAGAUACGUAAGAAGCGCAUGCAACGCCAGAAAAGCAUGUCGGUGAUUGAGAAGGGGCACUCAAGUGCUCAAAGGAAGGCCUGUUAUGCUAAAGGGAAAAACACCCCGUGCAAAGAAUCCCUCGCACUCCCACGUCCAGACAUUACUAACUCAACAUCUGAUAGUCUCGCAAUACCCCUCGAUCGGGCUGUCGAAGAUGAUUCAUCGGAUGGCGACCCUCCCCCGGUCAUGCCGAAUUACGGUGUUUGCACCAAUGACGACAUCGAUGUGUUCCCAGGGCCCAUCAUGGGCGAUGAGCCGACACCAGCCGAAUUAAUGGAUGAGGAGUACUACAUGUAUCGCGACCAAGGAUCUGAUAAUGACACAUUCGAGGAUGACGCGGAUGCGAGCAUGUCGUCUGUUAUACCUAGCGAGGUUGAUCCAUUAGACUAUGUGUACACAAACAUACCGGACAACACCCACAUCCUGAAGCUCGACGCAAACUGCAAACACUGCAAGGCCAGAAAGUUUGUGUCUGAGACUGACGGAUUCUGCUGUCGUAAUGGACAGACCGAGCUUAAACAACCGGAACCAAUCCCAGAGCUUAUGAGGCUAUGGUCCAGCAUGGAUGCAGAUUCUAGACAUUUUCGUGAGAACAUACGGUUCUUCAACGGGCAUUUCGCCUUCACAACCCUUGGCCUCAACCUUGAUGAGAACUACACAAACAUGAAGUCUGGGGUGUACACAUUCCGGGCACACGGAACCAUCUACCACAAUGUGCAUUCUUUCGGGCCUAGCUCACGUCCAGAACAUCUGCAGUUGUACUUCUAUGAUGACGACCCAACCAUAACUCAUCGUAAGGAGGCCACUAAGCAAUUAGACCAAGAUGUCGUGAAGAAGUUAGUAGACAUACUUAAAGAAAACCCGUACUCCCAGCAAUUUAGGAGUUUGGGUGCACACAAGGACAACCUUGAUGAUUAUAGGAUAGACCUAAACACCGAUAAGAGGCUUGACCAAAGAAAAUAUAAUAGACCAUUGUCAUCUGAGGUUGCUGCAAUUUGUGUUGAGGGCAGCGACCUGGCAAAAAGGUUUGACCGGAGGAUAACACUUUGUGGUAACAACAAUGAAAGGCAUAGUAUACGCGUGUCAUCUGGAGCAUAUGACCCGUUGUCUUAUCCCCUAUUCUAUCCAAGGGGGGAACUAGGUUGGCAUCCGAAACUACUUAAACGUAAUGUUCCGGAGGAGGCUAUACUACAUCCUCAACUGGUCCAUGAUGAUGAGGAGGAUGCAGAGGGUAAUAGCAGGUUGUGCGUCUCUGUCAGAGACUACUACUGUUAUAUGCUGCAAACACGGCCUGCAAUCUUCAAUCCCAUACUCUGUGGAGCACGCCUGCUGCAGCAAUGGGCGGUCGACAUGUACGUUAAGAUUGAGAGUUGUUGGUUGAGGUGGUACAGGAAGAACCAGACGCAGAUUCGUGCCGACUUGUAUAAAGGAGUUGUUGAUGCCAUCACUUCGGGGGAGACGCGAGCAAGCGCUGUUGGGGUUAGAAUAGUGCUCCCUGGAACAUACCCUGGUGGCGACCGCGACAUGAAGAAGAGGCAUAUGGAUGCCAUGGCAAUUGUCCAUACAUACGGGAAGCCUGACAUCUUCCUCACCAUGACUUGCAACCCUAAGUGGGAAGAGAUAACGAAUGAGUUGCUGCCUGGUCAGACGGCGCAAGACCGACCUGAUAUUGUGGCUCGUGUGUUCUAUGGCAAACUAGAGCACAUGAAAUACAUGUUGUUCAAGAAGCAGAUCCCGGGUGCUGUAGUCGCUUACGUAUACGUAGUCGAGUUCCAAAAAAGGGGCCUCCCCCACGCACAUUUUUUGUUGAUCAUGGACUCAACAUAUAAGCUUAUCGUCCCGGAGCAGUAUGACCGACUCAUUUCCGCGGAGCUCCCAGACAAGCAAAAGUAUCCGGAAUUGUAUGCAAUGGUGGUAAAACAUAUGAUGCACGGACCAUGCGGUGCUCUCAACCCGAAGAAUGUUUGCAUGCAAGAAAACGGUUGCAAGUGCAGAUAUCCACGGUCGUUCAAUGAAAACACAGCACAGGGGAAGGACUCAUACCCAGUUUAUCGACGGAGAGACGAUGGAAGACGUGCUAAGGUCCGAGGGAAGAUGUUGGACAAUAGAUGGGUUGUGCCUUAUAACUCAUACCUACUGCGGAUGUUCAAUUGCCACAUCAACGUUGAGGUCUGCUCUAGCAUAAAGGCCGUCAAAUAUCUUUACAAGUACAUUUACAAGGGCCAUGAUAAGGCUUCUUUCAGCAUCGAUCAGCCCGACGCCGAUGGUAACAUUGAUGAGAUCAAGAGAUACGUUGACGCAAGGUGGGUCACCCCUCCGGAGGCUAUGUGGAGGAUAUUUGGCUUCCCACUUUGCGCCAAUUACCCGCCUGUCUUGUAG